CUCACAAUCAGUUGGAAUUCAGGCCGAACAACUCACAAGCUUUCUCAACAGAUUCAUAUCUCACAAUUUCAGGAUGAGUCAGUGUCAAGAACUGGGGGACGAGCAGGUGACUGGACUGGUUUGUCAGGAGGACGACCUGAAAGAUGGAGAGAUGAGGGAAGUAACUGUGGGGGAGCAGAAGGUGCUGCUGGUCCGUACCCACGGCCAGUACAGUGCUGUUGGGAACCGGUGCUCUCACUACAACGCUCCUCUUAUCAGAGGAACAUUGGUUGGUGACAGAGUCAGAUGUCCCAUUCAUGCUGCUUGCUUUAACGUCCGAACCGGAGACAUCGAAGAGUAUCCAGGUUUAGACAGCCUUCCAUGCUAUAAGGUCAAAGUUGAAGAUGGCAAUGUGUACGUUUCCAUCGACAAAAAAUCUCUUAAUCUCACCAGGCGAGUGAAGGACAUGUGCAGCAUGUCCCCAGACAUCAAACAUACUGUUCUGCUCGUAGGAGGAGGCCCGGCCUCGCUGGUUUGUGCCGAGACGCUGAGACAGAACUGCUACGAGGGUCGAAUCAUCAUUGUCUCCAAAGACACACUCCCACCGUUUGACAAACCAAAACUGAGUAAGGCUAUGAACGUGGACAGCAGCAGCCUCCUCCUGCGGCCAAGUGACUUUUAUGAAGAACAUGGAAUAGAGAUGUGGACACAGAAGGAGGUGGUGUCUGUAAACCCCGCGGACAAGGCGGUGAAGUUGGGUGACGGCACUGUGCAGCAUUACGACCAGCUCCUCAUCUCGACCGGCUGCAGGGCCCGGCCGCUCAGCUGUCCCGGUUGGGACCUGCAGGGAGUGAACGUACUGCAGAAUUACGAAGAGGCCAAAGAGAUCCACAGCUCCUGCCUUGGGAGAAAGGCAGUCGUCAUCGGAGCCUCCUUCAUAGGUAUGGAGGUGGUGUCCUUCUUAUCAGACAAAGCUGCCAGUGUGGCCAUGGUGGGAACUUCCACUUACCCGUAUGAGCGCUCUCUGGGCCCGGAGAUCGGCAAAAUGACGAUGCAAAUGUUGGAGGAGCAAAACGUGAAGUUUUACAUGAAUGACACAGUCACUGAGAUUAAAGGGGAGAAUGGCAAGGUGAAGGAGGUGGUGCUGAAGAGUGGUACAGUCCUUGAAGCUGAUGUGGUGAUUGCAGGAAUUGGUGUGAUCCCGAACUCAGAUUUUCUGGAAGGAAGCGGAGUGGAGGUGGAUUCAAGGAAAGCUGUGAUUGUUGACAAGUUCAUGAGGACCAAUAUAACUGAUAUUUUCAGUGCUGGAGAUGUCACAAGCUUCCCUCUGGCCAUUCGUGGCAACCAAAGAGUCAACAUCGCUCACUGGCAAAUGUCACAUGCUCACGGAAGAGUGGCUGCUCUGAACAUGCUGAAGAAACCGACCGAAAUUAAGUCGGUUCCUUUCUUCUGGACUUCGUUGCUUGGGAAGAGCAUAAGAUACACAGGCUAUGGGGAGGGAUACACAGAAAUCAUAUUUAAAGGCAAAGUGGAAGAGAGGAAAUUCCUGGCAUUUUACAUCAAGGAUGAUGUGGUGGUUGCUGCGGCCAGCCUGACGUUCGAACCUGCUGUGGCUUGUCUCGCAGAGCUGAUGGCCACUGGGCAGGUUUUCAAAAAGACACAGGCUCAAUCUGAUGACAUGAGCUGGCUGCAGUUGUGA